UCAUUUCUGGCGUCCUCGGCUCAUGGGUAGCAGAAGUAAUUCUUUUAACUUGACCCCAAGCAGCUACAGUGUCGUCUCUCUUUCGUAGUCUGAAAUGGGAGGAGACGCGACGAAUUGGAACGAAGCCAGUUACAGGAACAGCAUUUUGCAGGAGAGGGAACUCCAAUCUCGAACUAUAUUCAGAACUGUAUUUGCUCCAUCUCAAAACCCUAAUCCAGAGAUAAUUGUCACUGCUUCAAGUAAUGGAUCCAUUGCUCCGUACUCGAUCUCCUCCUGCAUCUAUUUACACUCAUUAAAUGUUAGCAGGACAAGGAAUCAACAGUCUUUGCCUGGUUAUUUAGUGGCUGAACCUCUUUGCUCCGUUCAAGGACACGAUGGACCAGCAUAUGAUGUCAAAUUUUAUGGUGAUGGGGAAGAUUCUAUAUUAUUAAGUUGUGGAGAUGAUGGUCGGAUUCGGGGGUGGAAGUGGAUGGAAUUACUAAAUUCAGAGAAGCCUAUUCCUACUGAAGGACAUAAUUUGGAGCCUGUACUUGAUUUGGUAAAUCCUCAACAUAAAGGUCCUUGGGGUGCUCUUUCUCCAAUUCCUGAAAACAAUGCAAUUGCCAUCAAUAGCCAGGAGGGAUCCAUAUAUUCAGCCGCUGGUGAUUCAUGUGCCUAUUGCUGGGAUGUGGAAAAAGGAAAAAUCAAGAUGGUUUUCAGAGGGCACUCUGACUACUUGCAUUGCAUUGUUGCCCGUAAAUCGGGCAAUCAGAUAAUAACUGGUUCAGAGGAUGGCACAGCACGGAUAUGGGACUGCAAAAGUGCAAAAUGUAUCCAAGUGAUACAUCCACAGAAGGAUAAGAAGUUCAAGGAAGGCUGCCCAUGGGUUAGUUGUGUGGCUCUAGAUGCAAGCGAAAGCUGGUUGGCUUGUGGUGAUGGGAGUUGUUUAUCUGUCUGGAAUCUCCAUGCUUGUGAGUUCAUUUCAAGGAUUUCUGCUUGUUCCCCUACUCAAGACAUAUUAUUUGAUGAUAAUCAGAUUUUAGCAGUUGGUGCAGAACCUGUUCUCAGUCGUUUGAACAUUGAUGGAUCGAUUCUCUCACAGAUACAAUGUGCUCCUCCGUCAGCAUUCUCUGUCUCGUUGCAUCCGUCUGGUGUUUUGGCAGUUGGAGGAUACGGAGGACUAGUUGAUGUGAUCUCACAGUUUGGGAGCCAUUUGUGCACAUUCCGAUGCAGAGGUGUACACGGCGGAGAUCCGAGGAGUUGGGAAACCCUAACCCUAAGAAAAGCUCGAAAGCUCUCUCUCUAUUGUCUCUCGUCUUCUUUCUCCAGCAAUCAACAACAGUUCUCAUCGAUAUCAGUCAUGGCGGCGGUACCACCAGAAGGAUCACAAUUUGAUGCUCGUCAAUAUGAUGCGAAAAUGAGUGAAUUACUUGGAACUGAUGGGCAGGAUUUUUUUACAUCAUAUGAUGAAGUAUAUGACAGUUUUGAUUCUAUGGGCCUGCAAGAGAAUCUUCUGAGGGGCAUCUAUGCAUACGGGUUUGAAAAGCCGUCUGCUAUUCAGCAAAGAGGGAUUGUGCCAUUCUGCAAAGGUCUUGAUGUCAUUCAGCAAGCACAGUCCGGAACAGGAAAAACAGCAACUUUCUGCUCCGGAAUUCUGCAACAGCUUGAUUAUGGUUUAGUGGAAUGCCAGGCCUUGGUACUUGCACCCACUAGGGAACUUGCACAACAAAUUGAGAAGGUUAUGCGUGCACUUGGUGACUAUCUUGGUGUGAAAGUUCAUGCUUGUGUUGGUGGAACUAGUGUCCGUGAGGAUCAGCGUAUUCUCUCAAGUGGUGUGCAUGUUGUAGUUGGCACCCCAGGUCGUGUCUUUGACAUGUUACGGAGGCAAUCUCUUCGCCCUGAUUGUAUUAAAAUGUUUGUUCUUGAUGAGGCUGAUGAAAUGCUUUCACGAGGUUUCAAGGACCAGAUCUAUGAUAUUUUCCAGCUAUUGCCAUCAAAGGUUCAGGUUGGAGUAUUUUCUGCCACAAUGCCUCCCGAAGCCCUUGAGAUCACAAGGAAAUUCAUGAACAAGCCUGUGAGAAUUCUAGUUAAGCGUGAUGAACUUACCCUCGAGGGUAUCAAACAGUUCUAUGUCAAUGUUGAGAAGGAGGAAUGGAAGCUUGAAACUCUUUGUGAUCUUUAUGAAACUCUGGCCAUCACACAGAGUGUCAUCUUCGUCAACACUCGCCGCAAGGUUGAUUGGUUGACAGACAAGAUGCGGAGCCGUGACCAUACCGUAUCUGCUACUCAUGGAGAUAUGGACCAGAACACCAGGGACAUCAUCAUGCGUGAAUUCAGAUCUGGUUCCUCCCGAGUGCUCAUUACCACAGAUCUUCUGGCCCGUGGUAUUGAUGUCCAGCAAGUGUCCCUUGUCAUAAACUAUGACCUUCCCACACAGCCUGAGAACUAUCUUCACCGUAUUGGACGUAGUGGACGGUUUGGGAGGAAAGGUGUUGCUAUCAACUUUGUGACGCGGGAUGAUGACAGAAUGCUGUUCGACAUCCAGAGGUUCUAUAAUGUGGUCAUUGAGGAGUUGCCUUCAAAUGUUGCAGAUCUCCUCUGAGUUUUUCUUUGUUUUUUUCAAGGUAAUUUGCUUUCUAUUUUGUGAGAACUAUUAAAUAUGUUUGUAGCCUGGUCUAGUUUCUUAAUUUAGAGUUGUCGAACCUUGUCCGAGUUAUAUAUAAAUCCUGCAUAUUUGCAAUGGUGGAAUCCAUCAUUUCCCCUUUUUGGGCUGUUUUGGUGGUCAUCCAUAUCAA